AAAUAGUCCUAGUACAUAGAUAAAACCACAUAUUUAGAGUAAAACAUAAUAGGAUGAUUAAAAAGGAUAAAUAGGAUAUUCUGACUAAAUUGAUGGGAUAAAAUAUACCACAAGCCAUCUCUAGACAAUGGCCAACUAAUUCGCUGUAGAAAACAAAAACAUUGGUCGGCUCUUUAAAUAAAAUCUUGUUAAUUAAAAUUAAUUAAUUAAUUAAAUUAUUUCAUUUAUUAUAAUUCAUUUUUUGAAUCUAGUUUCUAGUAGAUCGAUAAAUUUUAAUUUUCAACCUUUUUAAAAAAAUUUUCGAUGUGAUGAUAAAAUUUGAAUUUUGAAAGUAAAUUUCCUGAAGAAGAUUAACAUUAAAAAAAUUAAACAUUAAAAUUUAAUUUAAAUAAAAGUUUUUUAAGUGUAGCAAUGAUGAAGAAGUCUGAGGAAUGUGAUUUUCAGUGGAUUGAGUUGUCAAAAGGCAAAGAUGCAAGAGGCCAACAACUAUAUGAAAGUUGCAUGGUGAAUGAUGCAUUGAUAUCCUCUGGUGAUUACGUCCUCAUCAACAAUUACGACGAUCCUGAGAAUGAAAACACUGCCUACAUCGCAAAAAUCGUCAAAAUGUUUCACUCAGAGGCGAAACGAACCGCCCCUCAUCGAGCGACAGUCUCGUGGUUUGCUCGUCUGCACGACAUGCCAGCACAUGUCAGAAACAAGUUUCCAUUGACGCCUGCAUCUCCACCAUCGCCAUCUUGUCGUCUCCAGGAAAUUUUCCUCAACACCAUGAACUUUGAAAACAACAUCGAUUUGGAGACCGUGUUGAAAAAAAUUUAUGUCACAGAUAUCUCCAGAGAGGACAACACUAGUAAAACUGGAAUGAACUACGACAGCAGCUGCAACAAUCAUUUUGUCUUCAAAGGACGUGUGUAUGAUGGCAAAAGUAUAACAGAUGAAAAAAACAAAGAGAAUCAAAAUGAUGGUGAUGAUGGUUUCAACCUGAUUUCAAGGUCAGGUCGCAAGCUGAAGAAGGUCGUCAUGGAUCUCAGUCCCGAUGUCAACUUGCAAAAAAACAGGAGAGCUUCCACUGCUACUGAUGGCUAUAGAGGAUCAUGCAAGAAAAGCUUGUUUGCCUCUGCCACCACUCCAAGCAACAGCACUGCUCUCUCCAUAACGUGCACUCCUUCCGCACGAUCCACAAGACACUCCUCCACAGCACCCGACACACCUUCCAGCAAACAUUCCAACGACACGCCUCGAAGCACUGCCGCAAGAAGGAAAAGUACAACUAACCUUCAGAAGUCAUCGUCUGCAGCUAAGGCUAAACCUAAAUUGAAAGUCACAAAAAACACUGAUGACGGUGAUGACGUUGAGUAUGAUGAUCUCCUUAGAGAUGAUGAUGGUGAUGAUGAUGAAGAUGAUGACAGUGAUUAUAAUUUUGAUGAAGCUGACCUGUCAGGAUCCAGUACACCACCACCAUCGUCGCCAUCGGUGUCUUCGGAUGGUGAUGGUGGUGAUGGGAGGAGACUACCUCAUAGAAGAUCAACUCGUUCUAAGAAAAAGUUUACAAAGAUUAAAAAUAGAAAGCAGACAAGCAGGACCAACAGCGUAUAUGUAACACGCUCAGAUGGUGUCGGAGAGUUCAUAACUGGAUGCAAGCUCUCAUCCAUCUCUCUCAAGGACAAAUCCAAUCUGCAGCUGAUCAGAGAAAGAUUGCAUCUGGCAGUUGUUCCAGAUGAUCUACCAUGCAGGGAGGAAGAGUUUGCUGACAUCUACCAAUUCAUCAGGAACAAGAUCAUUGAUAGGUCUGGAGGGUGCAUGUACAUCUCUGGGGUGCCAGGGACGGGCAAGACGGCCACAGUCCGACAGGUGAUGUCCAUCCUGCAUGACGAACACCUCAGCGGUGACCUGGCCAUGUUUAAGUAUAUCGAGGUCAAUGGCAUGAAACUCGUCGAUCCACACCAUGCAAAUGUCGAGAUAUUGAAGCAACUGACAGGUCAGAAAGCCACUGCGGAACAUGCAUGUAACUUGUUGGACAGGAGGUUCAAAACAGAGGAUCCCCAUCGAGUGCCUGUCGUGCUGCUUGUUGAUGAGCUUGACUUAUUGUGGACCCGCAAGCAGACGGUGAUGUACAAUUUGUUCGACUGGCCGUCGUACAAAUACUCGCAACUGAUUGUCAUCGCCAUUGCCAACACCAUGGACCUGCCCGAGAGGAUGCUGAUGUCCAGGGUGGCCAGUAGGCUUGGUUUGACCCGUCUGACCUUUCAGCCAUACAACCAUCAUCAGCUGCAGGAGAUUGUCCUAUCCAGGAUCCAGGGGUUCGAUGCAUUCCACGAAGAUGCCGUCCAGUUGGUUGCCAGAAAGGUGGCGGCUGUGUCGGGAGAUGCUCGGCGAGCUCUUGAAAUAUGUCGCAGAGCAACAGAGUUGGUCACUGGUAAGGAGCAAUUCAUCAGCAUGGUGCAUGUUGAUGCUGCUAUCCAGGAGAUGUUCUCAGCUCCAUGUAUGGUGGCUGUCAGAACUUCAUCUUUCUUUGAGAAAAUGUUCCUCAAGUCUCUUCUAAGUGAAUUUCAGAGGACUGGUAUUGAGGAGGCGGUUCUGGCCAAUGUUUACACACAGUUUGUAGCCCUAUGUCGAUUUGAAGGUGUAACCUCCCCCAACCUGUCGCAAGUAUCUCGCAUGUGCAACAAACUUGGAGGUUUCAAAUUAUUGUUGACGGACUCAAGCAGGAACGAUAUUCACCAGAAGAUUCGCCUCAACAUGAGUCAAGAUGAUUUAUCCUACGCUCUCAAACAAGAUAACUCAUGAAAAUCACUGUUCUUGUAUAUCAUGACAGAUAUACGAAACACAAAACUAAACGAAUAUUCUUUUUAAAAGCUGGCUGUUGCAAGCAUAGUCGAAAAAAACUGCAUAAUUCAUCGAAACUGGUUCGCAGUGGCCUGUAUAUAAAAUAACCUUUAUUCAGAAUGUGUGAUGAUUGCACGGCCUCAGCUCUUUUCAUUUAAAUUAUUUAAAUUUAUUAAAGUUUGUGCCCCUUGUUGCAUCAGUUUAAAUUUUCAUUAUUUAAUUGAUUAAAAUUUUGAGCAUUAUAAUGAAGUCAAUCACUUUCAACUUUAGAUUAAUUUAUAGUUUUUAAUAAUCAUCAGACGCUACAUAAAAAUUUUUCACGUCGUUGCUGGCUUAGCUAUUAAUCACAUUUUAGAAAAUUUGCUAAUUAAUUUUUUUUUAGACGUAUCAGUGUUGUUUAGUUGUGUUUUCAAAUUAUUUCAUAUAUUUAAAACAUUUUUGGCAAAUUUUUCUUGUCUUCCCAUAAAAUGUUCAAGUCUAUACUUUGACUAUUUUACAAUGCCGCUUUUUGUGUUAACCUUGCUCAAAAUGUGAUUUAUAAAAUUUAACAACAUGU